GAGAUUUUAAUGGCCAAUGUUGGUUUAUAUCGCUCUAACCGCUCAAACAUGAUUGCAGGUGUGAUGGGCGGUAUUGCUGAACUGAUGAGUGCCGCUUUUCCGGGUAUUCUGGUUUAUCUGGUACUUUGGUUAAUCAUGCCAAAACAACCGUACAGUAUUGAACAUGAUAGCGCUUAUCAGUCCCAGGGCUACAAAAAUCCUGUACGCACCGCAGAAUGGAUGAUGCUCUGGCUCUGUGCCGUAGCAGCCCUGCUGCAUGGUUUAAGCGGCUUUGGCUUUCCCAUGAUGAGUACGGCUGUUCUGUCCAGUGCAUAUCCGCUUAGUAUCGCGGUUACUCUUGUCAUUCUGCCCUGUCUGCUGCUGAAUCUGAUCAUGCUGAAUGCCGAUCCUGUGCAUAGCAUGUUGAAUAGCAUUGGCUAUUAUAUAAAACGCUAUUGGCCAUUGAUACUCAGUAGCCUGACCGGCAGUGUACUCGGGGUCAAGCUGUUAUUUUGGCUAAAUGAGGCUUAUUUAAAACUGUUAUUGGGUCUGGUGAUUGUAUUUUAUGUCUUGGACCAGUUACGGGCACGGCCAUUGCAAGUUAGUCCACAUAUUUCCAGCAUGCUCUGUUUUGGUUUUCUGGCCGGCAUCAUUGGAGGUGCGACCAAUGCCAUGGCACCUUUUCUGAUGAUGUAUCUGAUGAGUUGCCAGCUGUCUAAAACAGAUAUUGUCAUUAUCAGCAAUCUCAAUUUCAUUGCCGGAGAGCAUAUGACUCAGACCAACCUAGCUACCCCGACCAAUGCCAUGCCUAAAGGGCUGCUUAAAGGCUGGAUUCUUAUUCUUGUCGCAGCCAUUGUGGCCUAUGGCUUAUAUCUUUACCUGCCCUAUGACCAGAAUGCCAAUAAAGGACUGGCACUUUUAGCCUUUAUCGGUAUCUUAUGGUUGACUGAAGCCAUUCAUAUCACGAUUACAGCUUUACUCAUCCCCGUGAUGGCAGUAUUGCUGGCCAUGCCAAUGGCCUCUGGUGAAGAACUGAGGGCAUCUGGGCAUUUCUGUACUGGCGAUUUUUGUGGUGACGGCGCUGCUGUCCAUGUGGAUUUCCAAUACGGCGACUGCUGCCAUGAUGCUGCCUUUGGCCCUAGGCUUGCUUUCACAUCUGGAUGUCAGCAAGGAUCGUAA